AUGAAGUCUAAGCUUCCGCCCUUUCCCACGACACAGAUGUUUGUUCUCGCGCUCUGCAGAAUAUGCGAACCGAUUGCAUUCAUGUCCAUCUUCCCCUACGUCUAUAAGAUGGUCGAACACUUCAACAUCACCGAAGACAAGAGCAAAAUUUCCGUCUACGCCGGCAUGAUUACAUCUGCAUUUACCUUGGCCGAGUUUUCGACAGGAGUCGUUUGGGGAAGAUUAAGCGACAAGAUUGGUCGCAAGCCUGUCCUCUUGAUGGGCCUCUUUGGCACGGCUUUGAGCUCCCUGGUUUUCGGAUUCGCCCCCAACUUGACGGUCGCACUCAUUGCGCGAGCUCUCGGUGGUUUGCUGAACGGAAACAUUGGUGUCCUGCAAACGACUGUCGCGGAGUUGGUUACGGUCAAGGAGCAUCAGCCCCGCGCAUACACAAUUAUGCCUCUAGUUUGGUGUCUUGGCUCAAUUGUCGGACCUGCUCUUGGUGGCUUACUCGCCGAGCCUGUUCAAAGUUACCCCCAGUAUUUCAAAGCGGGCUCAAUCUGGGACCAAUACCCCUUCCUCCUGCCCAAUCUUUUCAGCGCCGCCACUGUCUUCUGCGGAGUCGUUAUCGGCCUGCUUUUUCUGGAAGAAACCCACGCUGAGCGCAAGAAGAGGAGAGACCCCGGUGUGGAGUUGGGAAAGCGCAUCAUUUCUUGGGUGUCGGCUAAGAGCUGCCAAAUCCCUGCGCGGAAGGCGGAGAAGCAGGCACUGCUCGACGACGAUGAACUUCCCGGCUACCGGACGAACGAGAGCUCUCCGCAACUUGUGGGAUCUGAGUCUACUAUCCCCGAGCCAACCGAGACGCUUGACCUCACAGAGGCAUCAAUCAUUGAAGAGAUUGCGGAGCCGCCCAAGGUGAUCUUUACCAGACCCGUCAUCUUGAACAUCAUCUCCUACGGUAUCCUGGCCUUCCACACCAUGACCUUUGAUCAACUGUUCCCCGUCUUCCUCAGCACCACGCCUCGCGAGGACCCGGAUGUUCACCUUCCUUUCAAGUUCCCCGGCGGCUUUUCGAUGGAGACCAAGUCCAUUGGCAUCAUUCUCGCUGUUCAGGGUGUCUACUCCAUGAUCUCGACUGUCUUCAUUUUCCCGUGGGUUACCAGACGCCUCGGUCCCCUCCGGCUAUUCAGACUCUUGGCCAUUUCGUACUUUUUGCUCUACCUGACGACGCCUUACCUGGCUCUGCUGCCUGAGAACUUGCGAAUUGUCGGCAUCUACAUCAUGGUUAUCUGGAAGUGCACUUUCUCAACCAUGGCGUACCCCAGCAAUGCGAUUUUGCUCACGAACUCGGCACCGAGCCUUAUGUCCCUCGGAACUAUCAACGGCGUUGCGGCCUCGACAGCGAGCUUAUGCAGAGCGUUCGGGCCGACUAUUUCGGGUUUCCUUUAUACUCUGGGUAUCCGAACCGGCUACUCCGGACUUGCUUGGUGGACCAGCGGUGCCAUUACCAUUUUCGGCGCCUUCCUCAGCAUGCACCUCACUGAACCCCGUGGACGCUUGGACGAGCCGGUCAGAGAUAUCGAGACGGCAGUGGAGCCCACUGAGAUUGAGGGUCUGCUAGUUCCCCUGGACGACGACGAACACGAGGUUGAGGCCGGCCCCAGCCGGAGAUCGUGA